AUGUCUGAUGCGUUUGAAGAAAUUCAGGCGAUAAAAAUAAAAAGAAAUAGUUUAAGGGAAAAAUUGCAGAAAAGAAAACGAGAAAGACAUGAAUUGUUUACUCUUACUUUGCCAACGACGAUCAGUAUUGUUGCAGAUUCUGUCAAUUCUGGAGGAGAUUCCAAUGCAUUGACAGACCGGCAUGAUGAGUUAGAACGUGAAAUUUUGUGUAUCCUGAGACAAAGUCUUCCUACAACUUCAGCGGAACUCAGUGUUCAGCUGAGAAAAAAUCUCAGUGCUGAUGUUUCUCAUGUUGAUGUUAAAAAAAUACUGGAGAAAUUGGCCGCGCAAGAUGUCUUAAAAAUGAGAGAAGUAACAGAGGACGGAGUGUUGGGUUACACAGUACUUUCAAUAGUAGAAAAUGUAUCAAGCCAAAAAACUGAAGACUUGGUGGCCCACGAGAGCACUGACACUACUUCGCAGGAAAAGACUGACGAUGACGAGCCGGAGGAGGAUGACGACGAGGUUAGUCCGGAGAAGCAGCCUCGACUUGACAUUAAAAACGCAGAAGAUAUCAUGUCCUUGAUAUCAAUGCCGACGAUCCGAGAGAAGGAGAGUAAAAAAGUUGGAGAGCAAAUUUUGGAUUUAUUAUCCAAGCAAACUUCAAAGGAAAAAUCUCUGGCUGAGCGAUUUCGCUCUCAAGGAGGUGCUCAGGUGAUGGAAUUCUGUCCCCAUGGUACUAGAUUUGAGUGCGAUAAAAUAAACGCCAGCGGAGCUGCUAAGUGUAAAAAAUUGCAUUUUAAAAAGAUCAUUCAGAGUCAUACUGAUGAGUCAUACGUCCACUACGAAGUCGACAACUCAACAUCUUUAUCCAAAGAAAAUAUCAACGAAUCAGAAAUCCAACCUGUAAAUAAUUCAACAAAAUCAUCAGUAGAAACCCCUGGACAAGUAACAGGACCAGGUUCAGGCACAGAAUUGACGCUCUAUCCUCCCCAAUGGAUCCAGUGCGACUUGCGUUACCUGGACAUGACAGUCCUUGGUAAAUUCGCGGUAAUAAUGGCAGACCCACCGUGGGACAUUCACAUGGAACUGCCUUACGGAACGAUGUCUGACGACGAGAUGCGUCAGCUGGGAAUCCCCGCCCUCCAGGACGAGGGUCUGCUGUUCUUAUGGGUAACUGGCCGAGCCAUGGAGCUUGGAAGAGAGUGCUUGCAGCUGUGGGGCUACGAGCGAGUCGACGAGAUCAUCUGGGUCAAGACUAACCAGCUGCAGAGGAUCAUCAGGACCGGUCGAACCGGCCAUUGGCUGAACCACGGCAAGGAGCACUGUCUGGUAGGCAUGAAAGGCAACCCUCGCAUCAAUCGCGGGCUCGAUAGCGACGUGAUCGUUGCUGAAGUUCGUGCUACCAGUCACAAGCCGGAUGAAAUUUACGGGAUCAUUGAACGGAUGAGUCCCAGCACCAGGAAGAUAGAACUCUUUGGUCGGCCGCAUAAUGUUCAGCCGAACUGGAUUACUUUGGGUAACCAGGUCGAUGGUGUUCAUCUAAUUGAUCCUCAGCUUAUCAAAGCCUUCCGCAAGCGAUAUCCCGACGGGAAUUCCAUGAAACCUAACAAGACUUAA